AUGUUUUAAAUCCCUGACCUUUCCGUGGCCAAUUGCAAACGCAAAUCAUAUUUUGAGUUAUGAGGGUCCGUCAACAUGAAUAUAAAAAACAUCCAUUCAUUAUUUAAAAACUAAAAUAAACUGUUUUAAGUGUUAUAUUGAUAUGCAUUUAAUUUUUCAAGCGGACAACCUGUAUAUCCAUGUACAGAUGUGCGAUGCCUCUCCCGACGAUGACAAAAGUGAAACGGUACAUUUGUUGAUUAGUGGGAAAACCGACAGUACUAACAAUGUUUUGACGACUUUUGAUGAAACGAAGGUGAAGACUGCAUCAGCUACUAUGACUGGUUUCAGAUUUAUUGGUAAAGAGCAUGUAGUCAUUACCUGUACAGUUGAUGUUACAUCUCCGGAAACAACAAUUGCACCUUCCACUACUUCGUCGUCAAUACGCAGACGACGAAAUGCAUUUCAACAAAAACACACAAAAACCCUUGAUGUAUCGACUUCUUUACGCGUCGAAAGUUUAUCAACAAAUGGGGUGCAGGGUGAUAAGGUGAUUGUCCGGAGAUACUUUUUGUUGCUACAUCUAUGCAUGUAAAUACCUGCUCUGGGAAGGGUUAAACAAGAAAACUCCCGAAGACUUCUGAUUGAUUGCUGUACUUUCAAAAUAAAUUCAUCCUCCUGAAUAGCUGUAUAGUAGCGAAAGGCU